CUCUUCAACUUUUGAAACAAGUGUUCUCUACUUUCUCUUCGUUCUUUCUGGGGGUAGAACCGAAUAUGACUGACUGCGGCGAGUACGGUGGUAGGUACCGGAGAUAUACUAGACAACCUUGAAAGACAGAGGUCACGAUUCACCGAACAAGAGUAAAAAGAGUAGUGUCGCCCCUGCAGAAUUGGCUGCUCUCUAACGCCAUCGUGAAUAUGAGCGCCAGAGAGAGCGGAGGAGGGAAUUCCAACUUCACCGUGGAAGGGAAUCAGAAUCUGGCGGAGGAGGAGGGGAGUAAUCCCGCUCCGUCAGCGACGUCGUCCGGUGACGACACAGAGUCGUCGUUGUCCAUCCUGACGGCGCCGUCGGAGGCGCCGCCUCCAGAGCCGGUUUUCGGAAUGAUGACGGUGUCGGGAAGAAUGCAGGAAAUGGAAGAUGCGGUAUCCGUGCAAACGAACCUUUGCCGGCCGGAGAUCAACCGGGGGCUGCCGGUGCAUUUCUUCGGCGUCUACGAUGGUCAUGGAGGAUCUCAUGUGGCGAACCUGUGCAGAGAGAUGAUGCACUUGAUAUUAGAGCAGGAGUUGAUGAGCGUGGACAACACGCAGGAGGGUGCGCAUGGUGGUGAACCAGGCGGCAAGGAGAUUGAGAAUAAAGAGGGGUGGACAAGAGCCCUGAAGAGGUGCUUUCAGAGAAUGGACGAGGUGGUGCUAAACUCCUGCUUGUGCAGAAACGAUUGGCGGCAGUGCAGCUGCCGCGGCAUCAUGGAGGUGGAAAUGACGGGGACCACGGCGGUGGUGGCUAUUAUCACCACUGACCACAUUGUUGUUGCCAACUGCGGGGAUUCACGCGGCGUCCUCUGCCGUGAAGGCACCGCCAUCCCUCUGAGCUUUGAUCACAAGCCGGACAGAUCAGAUGAACUUGCUAGGAUAAAAUCCUCUGGAGGCCGAGUUAUCAUUAUGAAUGGAGCAAGAGUUGAGGGAAUGCUUGGAAUGUCACGAGCAAUUGGAGACAGGUAUCUAAAACCAUUUAUAACAUCAGAGCCUGAGAUAACAUUCACAAAAAGAGAGGCAGGAGAUGAGUGUUUAAUUCUGGCAAGUGAUGGCUUAUGGGAUGUUUUGCCUAAUGAGGUGGCUUGUGGGGUAGCUUCUGGGUGCCUUCGACGAGAGUCUCAUGCCACUACUGAAAACCUUAAGUCGGAGGAUUGGAAAGAAAGUGAAAGCACUGGACAAUUUUACCCAAAUCAUACUACACAGGCUGCUGCGCUUCUCACCCGCCUUGCUUUGGGACGGCAAAGCCUUGAUAACAUUAGUGUUGUCGUUGUUGACUUACAAAGGAGUUGAAAUGAAGGUCGAAUGGAGUAGAAGUGGAUGGAAUUGUCCAUGUUUGAUUGAAACUAAUUUGCAUGUUUAGGUUUCUUUGUUCUAGACGAAAAACCUUUAUGAUCAUUUGGACAAAGGAGAUUAUAGAUGGAUAGCUUGCAAGCAUUAUAAUGGCUCCAUUCAA